UACUUUUUUUCACCAAAGCUGUGUUUAUUUUCUCAGUCCUCAAAUGUUUGUAAUUUUGCAGUGGUUGGUUAGUUGAAAUGGAAAAAGAUACAGCUCAUGACCACCUUUCCUUUCCCCGUCAGCAUUAGCUUUUACCAUAUAAUUUCCUUUUAUCACUUUGGUCAAGAGGAGGGGCAGAAAAUUUUGAGUUGGAGUAUCAUUCAGAGACUACUCAUUUCUGCCUUCUGUCUCACAGCCCCUCACACACCCAAGGGAUCUAGGAUCAGAAAGGCAAACUUCUGUCACCUUUUUGGGUCCACUUUCUCCACCUGCAUCACUGCGUGGCACAGACAUAGAGAUGAAUGACCAGGAAGUGACUUAUUCUAGCCUGACAUUUCUUCCAUCACCUUCAGAGUCACAAAAUAGAUUAAGACCUGGUGGUACUCAAAAGCCUGGCAAGACUGAUGAAAAAGAGUUUUCAGUGCUCUGGCAUCGCAUUGCAGUGAUUCUUGGGAUCCUCUGUUUCCUUCUGUUGGUAACAGUUAUAGUGUUGGGGACAAAGACUUUCCAGUAUAUUCAAGAGAAACAUCAACAGGAGGAAAUUCUACGAAACCUCACACAAAAGUACCACCUUAUGCAAAAUGAGAACUACUUAAAUGAGCAACUUUUGACAAAUAAGACAUUAGAAUAUAGCAUUCUCUACAAUCAGAGAAAGGGAUGUUGCAGAAAAAUGGAUGUAUUUUCAAAGCCUUUGCAAAAUACAGGCCAUCUCAACGAAGGCCACUUGAGCUGUUGGAGAGGAAACUUUUAUUACUUUACCACCAAAAAUCAAGACUGGAGCAAAUGUAAAGAGACCUGCAAAAAUUAUGCUUCAUCUCUUUUGAAGAUAGAUGAUAAUGAUGAAUUGAUUUUCCUUCAGUCCCAGAUUUACCAAAAUUCCUACUGGAUUGGAUUAUUAUUUAAUGAAAUGGAAAGUAAAUGGAAAUGGAUUGACAAUAGCACAUCUUAUGGACUGUAAGUUUCUGGGCUGCAUUCAAACUCUAAUACGGGUGUUGGGUUGGAAAGAGCACAUUUAAAAAGAAUUUUCUGUUACUUUGCAUAGCUUAACUCAUUUUCAAGUAGAGGUCAUUAGUAUGAAUAAGGAGAGUGAUUAAGAAAAUGUUUUAGGAAGUAUAGUUAAAGAGGAAGAGAAGUGUUGUACAGAGUUAUUAUUAAAAAAAAUGUAUGAUUCUCAGAAGUACAUGUUAUGAGGUGUACAAAAGAAAACAAAAUCAUAAGGUAAGAUUGUAUAAAGUAAUUGGGUUAUUCUGACUUAGUCAUAGUGAUCCUUCAUACAACCACAAAUGAGUGUUUUGAGUAUCCCCCAAAUUCAUUUGAAUCUCAUGUAUAUUAUUAUUUUAUAUUAAUUAUAAAUUUAAAGAAAUAUGAGUUCAAGCAUACAAGUGUGCACGCACAUAAACACACACAUACACACAAUUAGUCCUCCUAAUUGUGUAUUUUGUAAACUCUACAUUUAUUAUAAUGUACUGUUAAACAGUUCAUUGCUUUUUAAAAAUCUUAACUGAGAAUCUUAACUGAGAAUCUUUGU